GUUAAAAAAACUUAUUGACAAUAGAAUUGAAACAGUUAAAUUAGUUCAUGUCAGAGGUCAUUUAGGAAAUUAUGGAAAUGAACAAGCUAAUAGAUUAGCCAAACAUGGUUCAUUGAGAGAAGCAGUUACAGAAAUCUUCAAAUUAGAAAAUAAUAUUU